CUGCUGCCAUCGCUGGUACGGGCGAAUCGAACUAUUGUGAACCUUGUGAGAGCAACGGCGUGAGGUUGUCUAGGGCUGUAAAUUUUCUAUCCAGCAACAAGCACAGCCCAGACAGACACCAUUUCGAUAACCCCCACCAUCACCACCACCACGACUACUACGACCAGGAAGAACUGCGCUGUCGGUAGUUCCUGCAUUUAGCUAGCUACCCAGCCUGCCUGUCGGCUUAGUUGUCUGUCUGUCUUUCUGCGUGCUGACGUCCGCUGGAGCUCUGCUCUUUUCGCUGCUGCUGUUGGUGACGGCGAAUGUGUACAGUAUGACGCUGUGGUUGGAAGCACACAGCACUAAUUUAUAAGCAGCAGCCAUCUCUCUCUAAAAAAUUACAGUGAUAAUAGCCAUAAUCGUGCGUGUACUCGGCGGGACUACUGAGGAAGGGCUUCGUGGGAUUCUAAUGCACGAAGCUCGUUGUUGUUAUUGUCAUUUCACUUUAAAUGCACAGGUUGACGGUGUGUUUACUGGUGUGCUACGAGUACAUAAACUGGGUGUAUCAGUUUUGGCAGAAAUAACUGAUCUGAGAAAGAGAAAGAAAGAAAAAACGAAUUGCAGUUCAGAAGGUGUAGCAAAAACCGAAGAAGAGGAAAAUCAACCUGUUUGCCAAUACCGUAGUGAUACGGUCGCUGUAUAUAAAAGAACAAACAUUCGUCGAUACUUGUUCUCCGACACACUCUAAAGCUGCAUACGAAAAGUGACUACCAUUUCAUUGAUCGGAUAGUGGAACAUUAUACGGGUGCAUUUGUCAUCAGCUUGCGUUGUUUUCAUGAUCAUCGUCACGCUAAGCGCGUCUCUAAUUACUUGUCGGAUUCGAGUGUAGAGAAAUGUCAACAUCUCAAAAUUCCGCAUGAUUGUUACCUACUAGCAAUUUAAGCGGUAAUAUUACAAGUGAGACGGCGACUUUCAGGAUCAGCCAGACCUACAUCAGAUCGCUGGACGGCGGCACCACCACAACAACAACGGCGCGAACAAGCAUAAAUUGUCAGUUAGCGAUUAACUUUGUAUCCAUAUCGUUGACUGAUUGAGAACCGUUCAUAGUGUCCUUCUCUUUAAUGGAAACAAGCUGUUGCUAAUACUACUCGCACAGCGAAUCUCCGAUUUUCUCGGUCUGACCUGACGGUGGCGGCAGCAGCCGGCUACUUACUCAGCCGGCUAUACUUACGUCCGCCUGUUAUUUAGCAGCUGUAACAACGACGGCCGUCAGCAACAACAGCAGCGUCGGUGCCACAGCAGCAGAACGGGUCCUGACAGUAGUUUAACGGGAUUGCUGCGGCCGUAUUAUCGUUGUACGGCCGGCUGUCACUGGAGGCUGCCCCCUUCCCAAGUGAACGUCGCAAGCGAUUCGCAGGCACACAUCAAUGAGUUGACCGCUGCCAAACGCACUGAAUCACACGAAAACAUAGCUAUAUAUUGUUUAUUACUCGAGUUGUCACUAGUUGAAGUGUAAACAGGCAAGGCAAUAACUCCAACAUUUCAGUGGCACAACGUGAGACGGUGUUGUGAGGGUGCGUGUCAUCGACAAAUCUUAAAUACUGAAUGAAAGUACCAGGCUGUUAUAGCUGGCGAGGUCGAUAAGCAAUAGACAGAUAAACAGAGUUAAUCGCUCUGCGCCUGAAGAAGGUAAAAGGCGCCUGUUGUUGGGCAACUGUUUCGGCCCCUGUUGGGAGUUAGGGGAAAUCGUGCAAAUUUCUGCGACGACGAAAGGGUACGUUCUUGCUCCGUUGACGACAUCAUUGCCAUCAUCGUCAUUUUCAUCUCGUUGCAAGUGUUGAAACUGAAACAGCUCGAUAGAGAAGUGGUUCGGCUGAAAUGAGUGACGUCGUCUGUGUCUUGCACUUAAGCUCUUCUACACGAUAGCCAGUAGAUUUGUUGGUACCUGCGUAUGUACAACAGAUGACACUGUGUUGUCCUGAUAUAUUCAAAGGGAAGCAUUUAUCUAUGAUCAAACUCCAUCGAAAACAACCACCAAGAACUUAACACCGUAAACGUCGAUCUGCUAAAACCUGAGUUGGUUUGCAAAAAGCCGAUAUCAUCGUAAUUUCGCUGACUCUCUCUUAUUAAUAUACGACGACAAUAACGAGCUGUUAGAAGUGAAUAGUGCGCUCUUUUAAUAAACUGUUUCUAGUAACAUCACUUUGACAGUGUAUCACAGAAAAAUGUCUGGCUUCGAUGACAACCCGUUUGCUGACCCAGCGACAACCGUCAACCCAUUCAGUGAUCCAUCAAUUCAGCGGGCUACCCAACAGCCGCCCAAUGGAGGGGGCAUAAUUGACGACUAUAACCCAUUCGAGAAUCAGGCCCAGCCACAGAUUGCUCCGGUCCAUCCGACACCAGCGUCCGGACAGCUGCCACCCGACCCGGCAAAACGACACCAGCAGCAGACCGCGGACGCGGUUCGGAACAACCAGAUCCACCAGCCAGCUGUUAUGCAGCCUGUCGACCCAGCAGCAAAGGCAAAACUGACGGCAGAAGAGCUACAAAAGCGUCAGGAAGAGCUAGAUCGACGCGCAGCGGACCUCGAGGCACGUGAAGAGGCUCUCCGGAAUGGAGGAUUUAACGUUCGCGCCCAUAACUGGCCCCCGUUGCCUUCGUUCCUACCGAUCAAGCCAUGCUUUUAUCAAGAUAUAGGUGUCGAUAUUCCCCUCGAAUUUCAGCGGAUCGUCCGCACAAUGUACUAUUUGUGGGGCUUUUAUGCGUUGUUACUCAUAGUAAAUGUGUUUGGAGGUAUAGCCCUACUCAUUGAGGAUACGGAAAAAAAAUCAUACGAUACUUUUGGCGGCUCAAUAGUGUCACUAGUUCUGUAUGUUCCGCUAUCGUUUGUAGGCUGGUUCCGACCCGUCUAUCGAGCAUUCCGAAGUGAUUCGUCGCUCAAUUUUAUGAUUUUUUUUCUUGUUUUCACAGUACAGGUGGUGUUAUCUAUCGUUUCAACAAUUGGCAUCGUCAACUACGGCGCCAUUGGUGUGUUCACGGCGAUUUAUGGAUUCAAAUAUGGACUGGUGCUUGGGAUUUUUCUUUCGACCAUAGCCGUCUGCCAAGGUCUGUUUGCGCUGGCCUGUUUCAUCAUGCUGAUGCGGGUGCACGCACUCUAUCGCGGCACGACGGCCAGCUUCCAGCGAGCGCAGGCCGAAUUUGCUUCAGGUGUCCUGCGCAACGAACACGUUCAACAAGCAGCCGCGAAUGUGGCCGCUGAAGCAGCUCGCCAAACCGUCCAAAGCAAUCUUUCGGGGAGCCGAUACUGAGCUUUUUGACUCAAUAACUACGUAGAAGAUAGGAUAAGUGAUAAAAGAUGAUGGCUGAGGACGUACGGAGGAUUUAUGUAAUGAUAUGUAAGGAGAAAGGCAGAAAACUGAUUAAGCGGAAAAACAGCAAAGCAAGAGAAGAAAGUGUACGGAAAGAGUCGAAAAGACGUCAACGUCGAGUUCACUCCUCGAAAAAAAAAAUAACAGCUGUGGCCAAAACAGAUGCAAAAG